UUUUCGGUCAUCCACAAUGGAACGUUCAGGAAUCAGGGGGAAGCGUAGGAAAUCUUAUCUAGGAUACAGAUUACAUUGAUUUUAUAAUUUUGGUCAGGGGGUUCUCAAUAGUUUUUCAGCCAAGGACCAUUACAGGGUAGAAAUAAUAUACCUGGUUAAAUAAUGUUUCAAAUAAAUGUUCAAGUUCCCUCUUGGAUUCCCCUAUGAUUGAGAAGGUGAUAAAGUACCCUCUACAGGUGCCCUUUCAGUGGAGAACGUCUGAAGCAGAGCACUAAUGGGCUCCCUUUAAUAAAAGCCAUGUAUAUUUUUCUUGCCCCUGUCCCUCAGAUAGCCUCAGUUCACCCUCAUGCAUUUUACUAUUUGUUUUGCGCAUUCAAGACAAACAUGUAUUUCAAAUAUGUGCCACACAAAUAUUCAAGGCAAAUCGAGAGAAAACGGCGAUGUGAAGGUUUUAAAAUCUGAGCUUCAUUGGUUGACCUAUGAAACUUUUUUUAUUUUUGAUAAAUCAUUAAGAUAUUUACGAAUCUAAACACUUUUACUUUUUCCAGCAUUGCAGAUUUAGGCUGGGGAGAAAGUAAAACAAAGUAACAACUUCUCUUUAUACAGAAACUAUCAUUUAUUAUCUAAAACUCUGAAAAGUGGGGUGAGUUAUAAGGGUCCUAUUUAGUAUUCGUUUCUUGAAUGCAUCAUGUGCGGGCUCUACUGAGCAUGCGUCAGAAAUGCUAACAGCUUCAAUUAGCUCCAUAGUUUCUUGUAACUGAAGUUUUAGUUAUUUAACCAUAUAAUAAUUGUAAUCGUUUCAUUUUAAUAUACGUUUCUUAUUUAACUUAACGUAUCUGAACGGCUGCAACUGUUAAAAACAACAUAUAAAGAAGAUAGAAGCUACUAGCUUGUUGUUGUUGUUGUUGUUAUCCUAUGGUGAUGAUUUAGCUACAAAUUAGCCACAAGCUAACAGCUGCCGGCGGCUGGCCCUCAGGAUGAUAAAGUUUGUUCUGAUGGUGAACCGGCAGGGUCAGACCCGGCUGUCCCGGUACUUCCAGCCGGUGGAGCUGAGCAGGAGAGCGGCGCUGGAGGCCGACGUAGUCCGCUGCUGCCUGAGCCGCAAAAAGGACCAGUGUUCCUUUGUGGAGUACAAAGACUAUAAGCUGGUGUACCGUCAGUACGCUGCUCUGUACAUCGUGGUGGGAGUCACAGACAGCGAGAACGAGCUGUCCGUCUACGAGCUGGUUCAUAAUUUUGUGGAGGUUUUGGAUAAAUACUUCAGCCGAGUGAGUGAACUGGACGUAUCCUUUAAUAACCGACCAAUCACAGCUUCUCUCUCUGAGCAUGACUUCCUGUUUGUUACGUUUGUUUCUUUGACUCCACAUUGUCUCCAGAUCAUGUUCAACUUGGACCGAGUCCACAUCAUCCUGGACGAGAUGAUCCAGAACGGACACGUGGUGGAGACCAACAGGAGCCGCGUCCUCGCGCCGCUCACCGCCCUCGACAAGAUGGUCGACUGAGGCGCUACAGGAAGUCAUGUCACAGACAAGUGGAUUUGAAACCCUGUGACUUCUUAAGCUGCCAAUGUUGUUCCAAUGCAAAACAAUAACAACUACUAGCCUAUGUUAAUAAAUCUGCUGCUUUAUGACCCAAAACCAUGGAUAGAUUAAAGGGUCAUUUCACUCAGAUUUACCCAAAACGUUUUGUGUAUAAAGAUGAUUAAAAUGUCCCUAUGAGUGUUUUUCAAAGAUUUACUACUUUAUCAUAUUUUAAUAAAUGCUUUUAUUUAAAAAAUCACAUUUAGGCAUGUUUAUUGAACCCUCUGAGGGUCUAAGGUCACCCAGUUGUGAUUUGUUUUUUAUUUUAAUGGCAUGUAUUUCUACUCAGUAUCUUUUCUAAAAGCUAUUUUUUUGUGUCAGAGUCUUUAUGGGAGAGCACUGAGAUAUCCAGCAUCCCCUCUACCGUGUUCUGUAACCGUGUUUAACAUCAAACACUUGCUUUUUAAAUUUCGCUUUUCAAAAAUGUUUUCUGAAUGUUGAAAAACAAAUACACCAUUUUUUCUAAGACAGA